AUGCUCGCCUCUCGUCCGAAGUUUAUCCUGGAUACGCUGGUUGGUCCCAUCUAUAGAUUCGCCUUCAACAAUCCUUCUACCACCCCUUUGUUCUGGGGUUUGGUGUUCCACAUUCUUCGGCCGGUCUCGACAUGGAUACUUUGCUUGAUAUGUACCGUCUUUGCCAUCCUUCCUGUCUUUCUCCACUUCUGGCGGACUUCCCAAGCGCGGCCCAUUGACGACUGGGCCUCGCGCAUAGUGCUCAUAACGGGAGGUUCUCAUGGUAUGGGGAAGUUACUUGCUCAAGAUAUCGCCACCACGUUUCGACCAAAGAAAGUCGUUCUCUUGGAUCGGAACCCUGUUGAGAACACUGAUGAAAGAAUAUGUUCUUACCAAUGCGAUAUAUCGGACAAAUACGCGGUGAAGGAGUUGGCCCUCACAAUCGGCAGGGAGAUAGGGUAUCCGACAGUCCUGAUCAACAAUGCGGGGAUUGUGAACAGCGGAACACAUCUGAUCGAUACGGAUGACGCUUUGAUUGAGAGGACGAUGAGUGUGAACUUUCUAGGGCAGGUCUGGGUGACGAAAGCGUUUUUGCCGCACAUGCUUGCGCAGAACAAGGGGCAUCUGGUCACCAUGUCAUCGGUAGUUGGUCAUUCCGGAGCAAGUGGUGCAGCGGCCUAUUGUGCCUCCAAAUCUGCGCUCAAUGGAUUUCUGGAAGUGUUACGCCAAGAGCUAUCGGGAACAAAUCUCCGAAUGACAAACGUCUACCCAGGCCUCGUCGCUACGGGGAUGUUUGCGGGCGUGGACGAGAACCAUGGCAUCCCAUGGCUUACCCCCGUCCUGCACCCACAAGAAGUUGUUGAUGCUAUUAUUGACGCUUUGAAGAAGGCCCAGAACAGUGAGAUAUAUCUACCCCUCUAUACAAACGCAGCUCCUCUCUUCCGGUUCCUUCCUCAAGAACUCGGUGAUUUCAUCAGAUGGGUAAGAGUGGACCAUGUACGAUGCUCCUGGCAACUAUGGCAAUGCUUGUAUUUAUCAUUCCAUGUCGGUUGUAGAUUACGGGGGCGAAUAACGAGAUGGGGAAACUGA